CAGUCCGCCUGCUGCUGCUGUACCCGGGCAAAACACAGCCCCGUGCCUCUCCGAAGCCUCAUCGGACCACCAGGACUGCAGGCAGGGCGUUUGGCAAGGCAUUAGAUCAUUGUAGUGUUUUACAUUUGCUUUUUUCUAUCGAUAAUAACAGCUUUACGCACACACCCCUGACUUUAGCUUCUGCAGUCACGUUAGCAUAACCGCAAACUUUGAAAAGCUUCUUCUUUCAUAAUCGCCUUAAUUCUCAACAGCAUUGCCAAAACGUUGCCCUAUUCGAUCUUUUGCAAGACUUGAGAAAGCAUCUUCACAAGGAUCACAGAGCUGGAAUGACUUGGAUGGAGUGAGACACCGCUGUCAGGGAAGAUCUACGAGUUUGUUUUAAGACGCUGAACUUUGUGCUGCAUAAAUGGAUGGAAUAGACACCUUAUCGAGCUCUGCCCUGGAGACCAAGGCUGAACGAAUUGCCCGCUACAAGGAGGAGAGGAGGAGGGAACUGGCCAAACGCUAUGGCAACACAGAAGAGUUCACAUCUAAAUAUGUGCGGAGGGACAAGAAGAUAGGUGAUUCAACAGAAACAGCUAAAAAGGAAAGUCACAAUGAUGAUGUAACAGAGCAAACCUACAGCAGAAGAGCAAAUAGAGCUGCGGAGUCCAUGGCAAAAGAUGAUGAGGAGCCAACUGAUCAUGUGGACAAGAACACAGAAGUUGUAUGUUCCUCAUCUAUAAAGGUGUCUUCAAGGCUACGAGAAGAGGAGGACUCAGACGAACAGCCAAAGGAUGAGAUAGGAGCUGAUGUGGCCAAGAGGACUGUUAUAUCCAAGACUUCUCUUUUUAAGGACCAGGACAAGACUGAAGAUGUUACCAGCGACAAACUGAACCGCCACCGCAUCAGAGACAGCACAGAAGAGGACUCUACGAGGGACUUUGCGAUGGACUCAAGCAAAGCCAUGGAGGAAGAAAGUGAGACCAAAGAAGACCCCUCUGAGAACAGUCAGCAUGAGGAGGCCACAGCUGAGGAGGAAGAGCAUUCUUUAGAACCCACCGAAAGCCCACAAGCCAUCUCUCCCCCUGCCUCCCCGUCUCCGCCGCCUCAGCCCACCUCUCUGCAACGCCAGGACUCAGAGACGCGCAGCAUUAAGGGCAUCCUGAAGAAGAGCCGCUCCACCAGUGUCGAAUCAGAUCACAGCGAGUCCUCUGCCACAGACCCAGCCCUGGCCCGGCAAAGCAGCAUUGCCCUCAGCCAAACUGUAAGUGAGGAAGACGUGGAUGAAGAGGAGUUGGAAGAUGAAGAAGAGUAUGAGGAAGACGCAAACGAGGAAGAAGAGGACGGCGAAGAGGACGGCGAAGAGGACGGCGAAGAGGACGGCGAAGAGGACGGCGAAGAGGACAGCGAAGAGGACGGCGAAGAGGACGGCGAAGAGGAGUCGCUUAUUGAUGAUGCCACGGAUGGAGGAGGCAUGAGCAGACAGGAGCGAGGGAGCAGCAGUAGUGGCUGGAGUUUUGAGGAGAUGCGCAGCCCGUCCCCCGAGAGCCUGGAGAAGAGUUCGUCCAUCUCAGAGGACGUGGACGAACUGGAGAGCAGCAUGGACGGAAGCAUGGGAUCCACAAUCAAACAGAGGCUGUCAGACUUUAAGGGAGAGAACGAAACUAAGACCAGAAUUAGAAGGAAUAGACCAUCUGAGGUCAUCCAGACGUCACUGACUGAUCGCUUCAACCAACUUCAAGAUGCUGAAAAUGCCUGGAAGAAAAAGAAGUCAAACACAGAUAUGGAGCCAAAGAUGUCCCUGGCAGAAAGAAUGAAGAUCCUGAAAGAAAAAGAGGAGCAGUGGAAAAAUAAAGGGAAAGGAGCAGCCAAUGACUCUGUACAGUUCACUGUGGCGGGGCGCAUGGCCAAGAAAGGUUUGGUGACAGAUACAGGUAAAGAAGAAUCACCUCUAAUUUCUCUGAAAAAGUCCAAUGCCACACCUGUGAAACCACUUGAAGAAAUCUCAACCAGAAGUGACAUUAAGGUCGAAGGAGACAAGCGACUUGACAAACUAGAAUCCUUCCUUGAUAAACUCCAUAACAAAGGUGUGAGCAAAAGCAAGACCUCCACCAUUGAAGUUACAGCUGAGACCGAGAAAGAAAUUAUGACUCUGGAUGAUGACGAGACUUUUGGAAGCUUCUACAAACCCAUGUCUCCCACAUCUCUGCAAGAAUCCACAAUCACAGUGACAGAGGAGGCAUUCAGCGAGAUCACAGCCGACACACCCACGCUGACUUCAUCUGUGGCUGAACAUAAGCGCGCUGUAAGACCCAACAGAAGGAAAAAGGGCUCUAGGAACCCUCUGAAGACAUUGGCUGCUCGUAAUGACAUCCGACAGGGCUACACUGAGCAGAGGCUGAACGUGGCAUCAGUGGAGACUAAAAGGAUUCAAGUUGAGAGGAUGGCAAAACACUCCAAACUGUCCGAUGUUGCCUUGGCCGGUCUUGCCAGUAAAGAGAACUUCCGUAAAGUGAGCCUGCGCAGUGUGAAAUCUACAGAAGUGGUGACUAACAACAGUGCAUUGCCUUUUAACAAACUCAUGCUCAUUCGGAUCAAAGGUCGGAGACAUGUCCAGGUGCGCUUGGUGGAGCCUACUGCCCGCUCUCUAAACAGUGGAGACUGCUUCCUCCUGAUCACACCAAAACACUGCUUCAUGUGGAGCGGAGAAUUCGCAAAUGUCAUUGAAAAAGCAAAGGCCUCAGAGAUGGCGUCCUUCGUUCAGGCCAAAAGGGACCUAGGGUGUAAAGCCCCUCAGGUGACGCUGCUGGAGGAGGGCAUCAACACGGAGGGCAGGUCAGCCAAAGAGUUCUGGACUUUACUGGGAGGGAAAGAGCAAUACAGAGGAGCAGGAGAGCCAGAGGAAGACGAGCUGUAUGAGAGUGGAGUGGUGGACUCUAAUGGUGUGUACAGACUGCAGGGAGACAAACUGGUGCCACAUGAAGAUGCCUGGGCCUCCAUCCCAAGUGUCUCACUGCUCGACUCUAAAGAGGUUUUGGUGUUUGAUUUUGGGAGCGAAGUGUACAUCUGGCAUGGGAAAGACGUGUCCUUGGGAGACAGGAAAGUGGCCGUGAAGUUGGGUAAACAGCUUUACAGUGGCAGCUACGAUUACUCCAACUGCAGAGUAAACCCUCUGGACGCUUCAUGUACUAAUAAGGAUGUACCACAGAAAGGGGAUAGCCGUCCUAGCUGGGCGCUGUUUGGCCGCCUCUCGGAGCACAAUGAGACAGCCCUUUUUAGAGAGAAGUUCCUGGAUUGGGCAGAAAAGAAAAAGGAAGAGACUGCACCACCAGAGGAAAUCAAGAGCCCAGUCCACUCCGGCGCUCGUCCCACGUUUGACACUGAGCUGCAGCCGUGUGAUGCCAAAGCCCUACUGGACAACGAGCCCGACCCAGUGAAGACUGUCCUAGAGGCGGUGGACGUCCACAGGGGACAUGGCAUCGUGAGGACGGAGGACGGGAGACAGGCGGAGCUGGCCACUGUGGCUGUGGAGGCUUGGCACAUCAAAGAACACAGCGAGGAGGAGGUGCCUGAAAACAGUUUGGGACAGUUACAUGAAGAGGAUGCAUAUAUCAUCCGCUGGAAGUACUCAAUCACUACACUCGUGGGGAAGCGGCAGAAGCCUGGGGAGUUAAGCGCCGCUGGGAUGCCCGGCAGAGAGAGGACAGCCUGCUUCUUCUGGCAGGGACGACACUCAAGCGCAAACGAGAAAGGGACCUCAGCGCUAAUGACAGUGGAGCUCGGCAGCCACAGGGGGGCUCAAAUGCUGGUGAGUCAGGGGAAAGAGCCACCUUGCUUCCUUCAGCUGUUUCAGGGAGGCUUGAUCAUCCACAAAGGAAGCAGAGACACAGCAAGUACAGAGGGGUGGAAGUUAUUCUGUGUGCGCGGGGAGGCAGAGGCGGAGGCGUCUUUGCUGGAGGUCACCUGUCAUCCGUCCAGUCUGAGGUCCAGAGCCAGCCUGGUCCUGCUCAGUGGACAGAAGAAGCAGCUCUAUCUGUGGCAUGGCUGUAAGGCUCAUAGCUGUGCCCGACUCGUGGCCAAGAGAGCAGUAGACAAGCUGGUGCAGGGAAAACCAACAGAAUUAGGAGUGAGCAGUCUAAAUGUGGAAGAAGUGGAUGAAGGUAGUGAACCAGCAGAUUUUUGGAAAGCUCUUGGAUCACAAGACAAGAAGGCCUAUGACUGCAUGCUUCAAGACCCAGGGAAGUAUAACUACACCCCACGUCUGUUCCGGCUCAGUGCCAGCUCUGGGGCAUUCGAGGGCAAAGAGGUGCUGUACCCGGCCCGGGUGCCAGAAGGUGUCAUGGCCAUGCCUUUCCUCCAGGAGAACCUCUAUUCUGCACAACAGCCAGCCCUGUUCCUGCUGGACAAUCGUAUGGAGGUGUAUCUGUGGCAAGGCUGGAAGCCGGAGGACACCGAGAGCACAGGCUCUGCUAAAAUCCGUUGGGACCACGAGAGGAAGUGCGCUAUGGAGACAGUGCUGCAGUACUGCAAAGAAAAGAAUCCCCGGCGCCCCCCUCUGGCCUACCUAGUCCUUGCAGGAUGUGAGCCCCUUACAUUCACAAAUAUUUUCCCAUAUUGGGAGAAGGAUGAGAAAAUUGCCUCAAAGAAUCAGAGCCGUAAGAACAAAGUGAUCCUUGUGAAAGAGGCGCUGGCUAAGUUGAGUAAAGAGCAGUACUCCAUAGAGGAGCUGACCAAGAAGCCUUUACCCGAGGGAGUGGACCCAAUGCGCCUGGAGGACUACCUGUCUGAUGAGGACUUUAAGACGCUUUUGGGAAUGAGUCGAGUGGAGUUCAACGCCCUGCCCAACUGGAAACAAAAGAACUUAAAGAAAAGCAAGAACCUUUUUUAAGAUGUUUUGUACCCAUUUUAAUGUUUAUACUAUGGCCAUUUUAAAUGUAUUUCCUUAUUUUUUUAUUGUAUAUGUAUAUGUAUAAUUUUAUUGUUUUUAUUUUACUAAUGAAAGCCAUUUUAUUGUUUCUGUGCUCAAACCUUUACCAUUAAUUAUGUGCAAUUACAUCAUUUAUGACAUUUUGUUUUCUAACAAUUGUUAUAAAUAUAUAUAUAUAUAUAUAUGUACCAUACUUUGAAAGAAGGCUUUGUGUUUGUAUAGAAAAAGAAUCUUGUGUUUGGGAAUGCGUGUUGAUUUAAUAUUUUAUGAUGUAACAAAACUUUUGAGACUUGGACGUAAAGUUACAAUAGUCAUUAGUAAAAAUGUGUCUUCUACAUGUAUUACAGUUGGCCAAUAUUUCUAUUUUACUGCAGGAAAUGUUUUUAUAUCAUUAUUUUUGGUACUAAAUAGUGCCUGACCCUUUAUGAAUACCUGGUUGAAUGGGACCAAACCUAGCUGUAUUUUCUAUGUGAAUGUAAACACUUGUAUUAGCAUAUAUAAAGUAUUAUUGAACUGGAGGGACUUUGCAUGCCUCUAUGGCCUCACCUCACAACAACUGUCCUAACAGAACAGUCUGCUACUUUGUAAUCACAAACACAUUUUACAGUGUCUUUUUGUAACACAUGAACUGUGCAUGUGGAGUGGACUACCAGGUCAUCUUUUAUUCAACACAUAAUAGCGCACACUGGUGGUAGCAGGGAAUGUGCAAGGUAUUUGAAAAUAAAAAGAUUUGAAAAACAUCAA